CGAGCGGCGGGAGCCUAGGAGGCGCCGCAGCCCCAGCCCGGCGGUCAGGCGAGGGCGAGCGCCUGGCUCCGCGUUGCCCCUGCUCCGCGCCGCGCUUCUGCCCGCACCGCGCUUCUGCCCACCCCGCGGCUCGCGGCUGGGCGGAGUCUGCAAGAGUUUGCCCCGGAGCUCAGGGAAGUUUCCCGCCGCAGCUCCCGCACGAGCAGUACCUGCCGGCGCCCGGCGCCUUCCGCUCCCCUCGCAGCUCGUAAGAAAGAGUGCUUCAGAGAAACAGGAUGGCAGUGCUGUGGAAAACCAAGCCAGGAGGUCUUCAGAAACGAGGAGAGGUGCAGCCGUCUGAUGUGGUCAUGAACCCCAAACAGGUCUUCUUCUCAGUGCUGAUAUUUGGGGCAGCAGGGCUGCUCCUCUUCAUGUAUUUGCAAGUCUGGAUUGAAGAACAACACACAGGAUGGGGGCCUAUAAAUUACUUGCAGCCUAUACCCAGAAUCAUGACUAGAGAAAAAAUCCAGGAACGUAUCACCAACCAGAACCUCAAAUCCCACGUCCCUAAGGAUCCCAAGGAUAAAAAGGAAAAUCUACUCAACUCCCAGAGGCCUCCUAGGGUCUUAACAGACAUCAGUCACUCACAAGGAGAGGCUCAAGCUUUGGGUAGGACCACAGGGUCCCCAAGAAUUCAGUUGAUUGAAAAACAUCUGGAGACUAAGACUUUUUUCAGGAAGUUCAGCGAAAUGAAUUGGCCGAUGGACCCUCGCCCUUUAAACAAAAGCUUAGUCAAAGAUAGCAAAUGGAAAGGAAUUGAUGCUACUCAAGAAAAACGCAGGUCUUUCCUUCAGGAAUUUUGCAAGAAAUAUGGUGGAGUGAGUCGCCCACAGUCCCAUCUUUUUCACAUGGUAUCCAGGAUCUAUGUAGAAGAUAAACACAAAAUCUUAUACUGUGAAGUACCAAAGGCCGGUUGUUCCAACUGGAAGAGAAUUCUGAUGGUACUCAAUGGAUUGGCUCCCUCUGCGCACAACAUUUCCCAUGAUGCUGUUCACUACGGGAAGCAUUUGAAAAAGCUCGAUAGCUUUGACUUAAAAGGGAUUUAUACUCGCUUAAAUACCUACACCAAAGCUGUGUUUGUUCGUGACCCCAUGGAAAGAUUAGUGUCAGCAUUUAGGGACAAAUUUGAACACCCUAAUAGUUACUACCACCCAGUAUUUGGGAAGGCAAUUAUAAAGAAAUACCGGGCAAAUGCCUGCGAGGAAGCAUUAAAUAAUGGCUCUGGAGUCAAAUUCAAAGAGUUCAUCCACUAUUUGCUAGAUUCCCACCGCCCGGUAGGAAUGGAUAUUCACUGGGAAAAAGUCAACAAACUCUGCUAUCCAUGUUUGAUCAACUAUGAUUUUGUAGGGAAAUUUGAAACUUUGGAGGAUGAUGCUAAUUACUUUUUGCAGCUGAUUGGAGCUCCAAAGGAGCUGAAAUUUCCCAACUUUAAGGACAGGCACUCUUCUGAUAAAAGAACCAAUGCUCAGGUGGUGAGACAGUAUUUAAAGGAUCUGACUAGGACUGAGAGACAAUUAACCUAUGACUUUUAUUACUUGGACUAUUUGAUGUUUAAUUACACCACUCCAUUUUUGUAGUUUGCCCUCAAUUUCUAAAACCCUGUCUUUACUUCAUCAUGAUGGCCUCAAAUCAGCUAGAUGUGAUUUUCCUAUAAUUCUCUGUAUGAGAGAAAUUUAACUAAGUGCAGUUGUCUUGAUUUACUGAAGAUUUUUACCAAACCUUAUGAAGCCAAUUGGCACAAAGUUAUAGGAAAAUUACCUAACAGAGACACGUAAACAACUUCAGUUGCAGUUGCUCUAAAAUAUUUGGAAAAGAGCUGCUUUUGCAUUAUGGAUUAUAUUAUAGAAGCAAUAACCUAGCCAGCUGCUACAUUAGCUACAACUGCCUCUCGGAGGGGGAGGUAGUGAGAAAAUAGCAUGAGUGUAUGGAAUUUGUUGUCUAAAGUACGUGGAGAUGUUUGGAGCAGUCUGAGGCAUAUGAAUCAAACAUUAGAUAGUUUUCUGACACCCUGGAAGUCCUUCUCUCAUCUGUAAUGAUAAAUCAAUUUGGAAGUGGUAUUUUGGACCUGGGUAUUUUACUUUCGAUUGGAAGGCGUUGUGUGAUUUACAAUAUGAGCAUGUAGCAGAGAAACCAGAUGAGGCAAUGGCUUUUUAUAUUCAACAGCCAAUAAAAAAUGCACAACAUGCUAAGAUCAAAGCGACAAAAGCAACCUUCCUCUUCCAGAAGAACUUAAGGGAAUUGAUUCUGUUUUCUUUUGAGCCCUCUUUGCAGAGACAAAAUGAACGUAACCACGAAAGGUCUUCACUUCUGAAGCAGGCAGUUGAGACAUUUAAGACUCAUCAGGCAUAAAUGUGCUCCUAAUUCUGGUUUAAUUGGGCAGGGGGGGCAUUGUUUCAGGAUGGAAUAAUCAUCAAAAACAAAAGUUGCCACUCUGAAUAUAGACCUCAACAAUAACAAAGUUUAUAAGAAUAUUAUUUGAAUCAAAGCAUCAUGUGCAUAGCUUUAUAUGUACAAUGUACUCUAGGAUUGGCUUUUGUUUUCAGUCUAAUUAUUCAGCUUGGGAAUGACUUUUUAAAAACUAAUAUACCACUUCAAAGAUAGAUUAUGUUCCAGAGAAUAAACACAGAAAGAGCCCCUAGAAACGCUAUUUAAUAGGCUUUUGCGUAAACAAAUUAAGGUAUUUUCUUUUCAAGUUUAAAUAUUCUGUAUAGAGUCCAAUGCUAUUGUAUUCAAAUGUUAAAUCAAAGUCUUCAGAAAAUUGGACCAUGUGUCACCCCUCUGAAAAUCUGUCAUGCAUUCUGGAAAUUUUUUCCAAGGGACCCUUGAUUUGAAGACACGUUUGGGUGGGGAAUUUAUUUUAAUUGGUCAACGGUGACUCUGAGUUAAGCAACCCACACGUUCAAACCCUAUUUAAAUGCAUUUCUUGACUAUG